UAUUGAAUAUUAAUUUUGAUAUUUGUUUUUGAAACAUAUUUAUAAACCUGUGAUGGUAAAUUUAAAACAUGGAUUUAUGUGCGUAAAACGAAGAAAAAAAUUGCUUGAUAGAUUUUGGAAAAUUUAUUAUGUAAUAUAAAUAUUUCUUGCAAAUUAUCAAUUAUCCAGGUCUACAUAUUUAAGGUUAGGUAAUUAAAAAUAUGUUUUUAUUACAUUACACCUUUUGGAUAUUUAUAUACAUACAUUGUGUAUUAAGUCAACAACAAUUAAGUGAGUCAGAAGCUGCUGAACAGCUAUAUAUAAAAUUAUUUAAGAGACAACGUGUAGAGCAGUUAGAGGCUAUCAAAAAUUUUAAGAAAAUUUCUAGUUAUGAAAAGCAAUAUUCAAUGAUUAUGUUAAUGGCAGAGAAAGUAUUUACUGUUAUUCAAGAAAGUCGUGCUACUAUAGAAGCUUCACCAUACAUUCCUGGAGUAUCUGAUUUUCCAUUAGAUAAUCAAAUUAAGGAAGCUUUGUCAAACAUUUUAGAAAACACAGCUUUAUUUUCUGAAAUAAUAUUAAGGUUUCCUGAUAUUGCCGUUUCAAUCUUAAAAAUUAACAAUAAUUGGGAUGUGAUACUACAGUGGGGAAUUGCAUUUUGCCAUCAAGUAAAAUAUUUAUUAGACAAAAAUACUGUUAAACUUUUAUAUCUUGUUAAUCAGGAAUUGAACCAUGUUGAGCGAGAUCCUAAUUAUAUAAAUCCAUACAGAAAAAUGGAUGAAAGGAGUAAAGUUGAAGGUGAAAAACAGUUAAAAAAGAAAAAAAAGAAAGAAAUAAAGAAAGGCCCAAAAUUAUCAAGUCAUUUUGAAUUGUAAGGAAAUUUUUAUCAAGAAUAUGCUUAUUGUAUAAUCAAAUUAAACAUUAAUUUAAUAAU